AUGGGUGGCUCAGACGAGUUGGGCAGGGUUUCGAACAAGUUACUGACCCAUGUUUGUCGCAUGAAUUCAUGCGUGGACUAUUUUAAACGCCUCGGAAAUGACUACAUCGCCGUCUUCCGUGAUACUGUCGGGGACAUCACGAAACGUCCCGGGAGAGCUUGCCUCAUCUUUUUGGCUGGCGCUAGCGCCACUGCUAUCUAUGCUUCCUGUCCCCAUGAAUCCGCCUUCAAUGCUCAACUCCUCAGUUACUCCGUCGAUCUAUGGGAUACCCCAAGCGACCUCCAAAGCCGACCAGCUGUUGCUCACAUUGAAUCAUGCCUCAUCCGUCGUUCCCAUGGCCAACUUCGACAUGCUAACCUUGGUUUUCUGCAUGUUGUUUGGCGCGAUGAUCGCCCUCGGCCUUGUGCACUCUACUCCGAAAUCUGUCCAUACAACUACCCAGCAGGGGGCUUCACGGGUCCAAUUCGUGGUCUCAUCAACUGUUUCCUCUAUGAUCAACCUCGAGACCUCCCGCCCCUCACUGCUUUACAACGGAUUUCUCACGUUUUGCAUAAUCGCAUCGUGGAUGUGGGGUGCCUUGGGCGAUUUUGGUUUUUGGAUGCUGCCAUGGUUGACUACGACAUUAAUGCCGAGGAGUGGGCCUACAAAUCCCCAGCAGCUGUGCCGGCCUAGGAUGAAAGAGAGGGCUCUCGGGGAUUUGGAGAAAUCAACUUUGAUCUUCAAACAACGAAAUGGGCACAUUAUUUGAGUCCCCAGUCUCGUCGCCUCCGUAUCUUACUACAAAAGGGUCCGCCGCACCUUGACACAGUCAUGUGGUUUAAGAUCGGUCAGGCAAUUUUCCACGGCACUUACAAGCAAACGCUUGGGACCAGUUUAUUUUUUGAGAAGCUCAGUCCCGCAGAUGCAAAGAACUCCUCUGAAAAAUCCCUUACCGAAAGCAUCGAUGUCUUUUCGAGUUCCCACAAGCCUUCUUCACGUCCCCAGUUCACCUACUUUGGCAAAUCUUCUAAAUUACUGGAUCUCCAGCGCGUAUUUUUAAAGCCCAAAGAAAGCGAGAAGUAA